AUCACAUUGAGAGCUUCUAAGAACCCAUCCCUCACCCCCAUUAGAACUAAAAGAGAUAAGGAAGAGAGGGGAUCCGCACAACCCAAGAAGAGAGGAAAUUGGAGAGCUGGCCGCAGGGGAGAUUUCCAGUGCGUUGGCCUUCUUUUGCGACUGAUAUCUCGCGUUCUACUCAUCCAAGAGAGGCGUGGGAGGUGUCCACUGAAAGCUAUCGAAAAGAGGAAUCCGUAUACGUGUGGUUUGAAGAAAACGGAGCAGUUUAAGGCCUCUAAAUCAGCCGAACAGAACGCAACCUCGCAGAAUACGUUUUUGGCAUUCAAAGUUGAGGCUAGAGCUUGCUACCUGUGCUUGUUGAUCGGGCGAUCAUCUCGGAGGGAAGACUUGGUUCGUGCUUCCUCCAUUCUGUUUUUAAACAAUUUAAACAUGCUCAUGGAUAUUGUUUUUCAUUAUGGAGCCUGCAUGCUCGUGUUUGCCCCGUGUGGCACUUGUUUUCAAACUAUGAUUUCCGCUGCGUAUUCAAUUACUUAUUAUGUAUGUUUAUGGAUGACUAAUGUGUGAAUGAUAUUCGAG